CACAACCUUUUUUUUUUUCCUCCCGGACGGAGUCUUAUUAAUUUCUCGGUGGGGCUGCAGCUGGAGACCGCGGAGCGUUGGAAAUGACGCUCGGAGCUUUAAUUACCGCAGCCGCCGGACAAGUGUGAAGAAAGCUGACAGCAAAAAAAAAAAAAAAAAAACAAAACAUAAAAGGACAGGAUCGGGGGUGAAGCGAGAAGCUUCCCCCUCCCGCCCCUUUCCUCCCAAUUUGGACUGGAGGUGCAAGGAAACUGAAAAGGGAGUCGAACAGAGUCGGGCUGGGGGGAGAGGCCGGAAACCUACCGCCUGUUUGCAAUCAACUUUUUUUUUUUUUUUUUUUGGAAACCCUUUUCCGAACCCUUCCUUUUUAUUGUUGGCCAACCAGGGCGAGAGAGCGAGAAAGUAAGGAGGGAGCGAGAAAACGGAGGCUCACACGGGGACGUAGCUGCCCGGUCCGGCUCGGAGCGCCGCCGCACACCCUCCAGUACACUCCCACCCGCGCGCGCCCUCCCGCGCACCCUCUCCCGGUCCUCCGGGUCCGGGCCCUAGACCCGCGGACGCGGACUCAGUCGCCCGCGCUCGGAGCUGGUGCACCGCGCGCGCCAGUGCCCCUCGCGCCCCCACGCGCGCCCGGCCGAGGGAUCUCCUCCGCGUGCCCGAAAGGGGAUUAUGCCAUUUGGACAUGUAAUUGUCAGCACUGGAUCUGAGACUUCCAAAAAAUGAAGCUGGCGACAGGACUGUGGGUCUGGGUGAGCCUUCUCGUGGCGGCGGGGACCGUCCAGCCCAGCUCUUCUCAGUCAGUGUGUGCAGGCACAGAGAAUAAGCUGAGCUCUCUCUCUGACCUGGAGCAGCAGUACCGAGCCUUGCGCAAAUACUAUGAGAACUGUGAGGUAGUCAUGGGCAACCUGGAGAUAACCAGCAUCGAGCACAACCGGGACCUCUCCUUUCUGCGGUCUAUACGAGAAGUCACAGGCUACGUGUUGGUGGCUCUUAAUCAGUUUCGCUACCUGCCUCUGGAGAACUUACGCAUUAUCCGUGGGACAAAGCUUUAUGAGGAUCGAUAUGCCUUGGCAAUAUUUUUAAACUACAGAAAAGAUGGAAACUUUGGACUUCAAGAACUUGGACUGAAGAACUUGACUGAAAUCCUAAAUGGCGGCGUCUAUGUAGACCAGAACAAAUUUCUCUGUUAUACAGACACUAUUCAUUGGCAAGAUAUUGUUCGGAAUCCAUGGCCUUCCAACCUGACCCUGGUGUCAACAAAUGGUAGCUCGGGAUGUGGACGUUGCCAUAAGUCCUGUACUGGCCGAUGCUGGGGACCCACAGAGAAUCAUUGCCAGACUUUGACAAGGACUGUGUGUGCGGAACAGUGUGAUGGCAGAUGCUAUGGACCCUACGUGAGUGAUUGCUGUCACCGAGAAUGUGCUGGGGGCUGUUCGGGACCGAAGGACACCGACUGCUUUGCAUGCAUGAAUUUCAAUGACAGUGGAGCAUGUGUUACUCAGUGUCCACAAACUUUUGUCUACAAUCCUACUACCUUUCAACUGGAGCAUAACUUCAAUGCAAAAUACACCUAUGGAGCAUUUUGUGUCAAGAAGUGCCCACAUAACUUUGUAGUUGACUCCAGUUCCUGUGUGCGUGCUUGUCCUAGUUCCAAGAUGGAAGUAGAAGAAAAUGGGAUUAAAAUGUGUAAACCUUGCACUGACAUUUGCCCAAAAGCUUGUGAUGGCAUUGGCACAGGAUCAUUGAUGUCAGCUCAGACCGUGGAUUCUAGUAAUAUUGACAAAUUCGUAAACUGUACCAAAAUCAAUGGGAAUUUGAUCUUCCUUGUCACUGGUAUUCAUGGGGACCCUUACAAUGCAAUUGAAGCCAUAGACCCAGAGAAACUGAAUGUCUUUCGGACAGUCCGAGAGAUAACAGGUUUCUUGAACAUACAGUCAUGGCCUCCAAACAUGACCGACUUCAGUGUUUUUUCUAACUUGGUAACCAUUGGUGGAAGAGUACUCUAUAGUGGCCUUUCCUUGCUUAUCCUCAAGCAACAGGGCAUCACUUCUCUACAAUUCCAGUCCUUGAAAGAAAUCAGUGCGGGGAACAUCUAUAUCACUGACAACAGCAAUCUGUGCUAUUAUCAUACCAUUAACUGGACAACACUGUUCAGCACAGUCAACCAAAGGAUAGUGAUUCGGGACAAUAGGAAAGCUGAAAACUGUACUGCUGAAGGAAUGGUGUGCAACCGUCUCUGUUCAAAUGAUGGGUGUUGGGGACCUGGGCCAGACCAGUGCUUGUCAUGCCGUCGCUUCAGCAGGGGAAGGACGUGCAUAGAGUCUUGUAACCUCUAUGACGGUGAAUUUCGGGAGUUUGAGAAUGGCUCCAUCUGUGUCGAGUGUGACCCCCAGUGUGAGAAGAUGGAAGAUGGCAUCCUCACGUGCCAUGGACCGGGACCUGACAACUGUACAAAGUGCUCCCAUUUCAAGGAUGGCCCAAACUGUGUGGAAAAAUGUCCAGAUGGCUUACAAGGGGCAAACAGUUUCAUUUUCAAGUAUGCUGAUCAAGACCGAGAGUGCCACCCGUGCCAUCCAAACUGCACCCAAGGGUGUAGCGGUCCCACUAGUCAUGACUGCAUUUACUACCUUUGGACGGGCCAUUCCACUUUACCACAACAUGCUAGGACUCCUCUAAUUGCAGCUGGAGUCAUUGGUGGGCUCUUCAUCCUGGUCAUUGUGGGCCUAACAUUUGCAGUUUAUGCUCGAAGGAAGAGCAUCAAAAAGAAAAGAGCCUUAAGAAGAUUCCUGGAAACAGAGCUGGUAGAACCCUUAACUCCCAGUGGCACAGCGCCCAAUCAAGCUCAACUUCGUAUUUUGAAAGAAACUGAGCUCAAAAGAGUGAAAGUCCUUGGUUCAGGUGCUUUUGGGACUGUUUAUAAAGGUAUUUGGGUCCCUGAAGGAGAAACAGUGAAGAUUCCUGUGGCUAUUAAGAUCCUUAAUGAAACAACUGGUCCCAAAGCCAAUGUGGAAUUUAUGGAUGAAGCCCUAAUCAUGGCAAGUAUGGACCAUCCACACUUAGUUCGAUUAUUGGGUGUGUGUCUGAGCCCAACCAUUCAGCUGGUCACACAGCUUAUGCCCCAUGGCUGUCUGUUGGAUUAUGUCCAUGAACACAAGGAUAACAUUGGAUCACAGUUGUUGCUUAACUGGUGUGUCCAGAUAGCUAAGGGAAUGAUGUACCUGGAAGAAAGACGGCUUGUUCAUCGGGACUUGGCAGCCCGUAAUGUCUUAGUGAAAUCUCCAAACCAUGUGAAAAUCACGGAUUUUGGACUAGCAAGACUCUUGGAAGGAGAUGAAAAAGAGUAUAAUGCUGAUGGAGGAAAGAUGCCAAUUAAAUGGAUGGCUCUGGAGUGUAUACAUUAUAGGAAAUUCACCCAUCAGAGCGACGUUUGGAGCUAUGGAGUCACUAUAUGGGAACUGAUGACCUUUGGAGGAAAACCUUAUGAUGGAAUUCCAACCAGAGAAAUUCCUGAUUUAUUAGAGAAAGGAGAACGUUUGCCUCAGCCUCCCAUCUGCACUAUUGACGUUUACAUGGUCAUGGUCAAAUGUUGGAUGAUUGAUGCUGACAGUAGACCUAAAUUUAAGGAACUGGCGGCUGAAUUUUCAAGGAUGGCUCGAGACCCUCAAAGAUAUCUAGUUAUUCAGGGUGAUGAUCGUAUGAAGCUUCCCAGUCCAAACGACAGCAAGUUCUUUCAGAAUCUCUUGGAUGAAGAAGAUUUAGAAGAUAUGAUGGAUGCUGAGGAAUACCUGGUACCUCAAGCUUUCAACAUCCCUCCUCCCAUCUAUACUUCCAGAUCAAGAAUUGACUCAAAUAGGAGUGAAAUUGGACACAGCCCUCCUCCUGCCUACACCCCUAUGUCAGGAAACCAGUUUGUCUACCGAGACGGGGGCUUCGCUGCAGAACAAGGAGUGCCCAUGCCCUACAGGGCCACCACCAGCACAAUCCCAGAAGCCCCCAUUGCUCAGGGGGCUACCGCAGAGAUUUUUGAUGACUCCUGCUGUAAUGGCACCUUACGCAAGUCCAUGGCACCCCAUGUCCAAGAGGACAGUAGCACCCAGAGAUACAGCGCUGACCCCACAGUGUUUGCCCCAGAACGGAGCCCACGAGGAGAGCUGGAUGAAGAAGGUUAUAUGACUCCUAUGCGAGACAAACCCAAACAAGAAUACCUGAACCCUGUGGAGGAGAACCCUUUCGUCUCUCGGAGGAAAAAUGGAGACCUUCAGGCUUUGGAUAAUCCCGAAUAUCACAGUGCUUCCAGUGGUGCACCCAAGGCAGAGGAUGAGUAUGUAAACGAGCCGCUGUACCUCAACACCUUUGCCAACGCCUUGGGGAACGCCGAGUACCUGAAGAACAGCGUACUGUCUGUGCCAGAGAAGGCCAAGAAAGCAUUCGACAACCCCGACUACUGGAACCACAGCUUGCCACCUCGGAGCACCCUUCAGCACCCAGACUACCUGCAGGAGUACAGCACAAAAUAUUUUUAUAAACAAAAUGGACGGAUCCGGCCUAUUGUGGCAGAGAAUCCCGAAUACCUCUCUGAGUUCUCGCUGAAGCCAGGCACUGUGCUGCCUCCGCCGCCCUACAGACACCGGAAUACUGUGGUGUGAGCUCCGCAGUGGUUUUCAGGCGGAGAGACACACCCACUCUAAUUUCCCGCCGCCUCUCUUUCUCUUGUUUUCUUCCUUCUACUCCUAAGGCCAGUAGUUUUGACACUUCCCAGUGGAAGCUAUAGAGAUGCAAUGCUAAUUUUGUGCUUAUCUAACUUGAACAUUAGAAGGAAGGACGAAAGAGAAAGAGAGGAGGAACCACACUGUUUCUUCAUUUCUCUGCAUGGGUUGGCCAGGAGACUGGAACAGCUAGAAAAGGACACGCAAAUAGGAGGCAAGACUGCCUGCCGUCAAACUAGUUCUCAGCGUCCCCCAUCCCACCAUUUUUUUCUUUUUAUUCCUUCCUUCCUUUCUUUCAAAGCAGAUGCUUGAAAGAUCCAAGCUAUCUAUUCCUAUCUGCAGGAACUGAUCCGUAUAUUUUCAGCAUCCCUGGUAAUCCUAAGGACGUUUUCAGUAGAACAAAAGGAUAACCUUUUCUAUAAUGUAUGAUAGUAACUUAAGAUUGAAAAUCCAAACUCUCUCUCCACCAGUGUCUGUCUUGACAAGCAAGAAUGGCCAACUCAGCCUUCAUAAUUUUUGAAUCUUCAUCCAAGUUAUAACCAAUAAUUAUGUUUGGGGAGCUUUUUUGUUUUAUCACUUUGUUUUGCUUUGAUCUUUCUCUUCAUAUUACUUUCUCCUAUAUCUUCAGCUUUAAUUUGUAAUUGCAAAGUUUUUACAUCAAACCUUCUUAGGUGUUGCUAUAAAUUGAAAGAAUUGUAAAAAGAUAUUUUAAUAUGGUGAAAUGGCCACUAUUUUAAAUAUACAGUCUUUAAAAUUAGAAGGGGAGGCCAAGGUAUUGGUCAAACAUAACAUUAAAUCUAACGUUUGUGUCUUACAGUAUUGAAUAUGGAUUCUCCUCCCUCCCUUCCUUUAUAUUCUUCAUUUUCUUCCCCUCUAUGAAAGACAGUACUUGAUAGGUAGUAAUAAUGUUAAGAAUAGAAGGGAAACUAAGAGACCGUUCUGCGUGAUUUAUAAAAACUACUGACACUUUCAGGGGUGGUCCAAUGGGGAAUCCUUUGAACUGGAAGAAACACACUGGAUUGAGUACGUCUACCUGAUAGAUACUCAGAAAUGUAGUUUGCACUUGAGCUGCAGUUUUAUUUGUUCUCUUUCUGAACUUCAUUUUGGAUUUUGAAUGAAGCAAUACGGAAGCAACCAGCACAAUAACACGUUUGAGUACAUUUUUUUAAAGAGCUAAGAUAAAGAAAGACUGUGGAAAUGCCAAACCAAGCAAGUUAGGAUUUUGGAACAGUAUCAGGGGAUUAUGGUGAAAGAGUCAGUACAUGCUCCACAUGUAAUAUCACAUUUUCUACAUGAGGAAAGUUGUCCAGUUUGUACACUCCAUUUGAAGGAAUGCAAGUAAGGAUUGGCUUAAAUUCCAUGGAAUUUUUAGUAUAAGACUCAUUCGUAUUAAGUGGAAGGUAACUUUGCACCUAAAUUGGUAUAACAAAAAGAAAUAAAUAAACAUUCACUGCUUUAGAUAGAUCCUUGGGUUAAGAGUUGUAAAUAAAUGUGAAAAAAGUUUCUCAUGUAAUUAUUUUAAUAUACAACAUACUACCCUUCUGAUACCUUAUAUGAUAACUCUUUUUCUUCAAACGGCAUCCUAGUUCUAGAGCCAUCUUUAUUGUGUAUCAUUUUGAAGAAUACCUAUUGAGUUAAGAUGAGCAAUAGAAACAAAGGAUAGGGUUGAGUUUUCAGAAAAAUGGAGGCCUCAGGUCAGCAAUUAGAAAAAUUGGAUAUAAAUCUGCCCCUUCUAGGAAAAUCUGCCCCAAUUUAUUUGGAAUUUUGUAAAAUAUAUUUCUUUCCAGUGAUAAAAUAUUGGGAAUUUGAAUGUAUCACCUGGUGGUGGUGGUUUAGUCGCUAAGUCAUGUCCAACUCUUGAGACCCCAUGGACUGUAUCCCGCCAGGCUCCCCCAUCCAUUGGGUUCUCCAAGCAAGAAUACUGGAGUGGGUUGCCAUUUCCUUCUCCAGAAUGAAUCACCUAAUUGAAAACAGACUGAAAAUCUCCAUGGGAAAUAGUCGGGAAAAAAAUGACAAGAAAUCUAGGUUUCUGCCUAUUUUGAAAAAGUAAGUCUCUCCACCCAUUCAUCUCCCUUAUUUUUCAAUUCAUAUUUAUUUAUAGUCUACUAAAAGCACUGUGUUAUGUGGGGAACACCCAGAUAAAUGCAAUACUAUCCCUAACUUUAAAAUUUUACAAUUAAAAUGUAUUUGGAAUGACAUUUAAUUUUUUUUUUAUAAUUCAAAGAAUACAGUUGCAUGGACUCUUUUUUGAACAAUUGUAUAAAAUCAGCUAUUUGUUAAAAGAUCUUCUGUGAACUCAUCUGGAACAUGAGUGAAACGUCCUACAAGUUACUGAAAGUAACGCAUAGGAUAGUUUCAGUGUUAUCAUCCAAACGCAAACUGGUCUAGAAGGGUAUUGUAUCACUGGCUAAGUGUCAUUUCCGGAUUCUAACUUAGCCAUUAAAUCAGCAGUAGAUGUUGGUUUUUGCCCAAGAACAUUGGAGACAUUGGAAUUGUUUUCUUCUGAAGUUGCGAAAAGUGAGGGAAGCUAAAAGAAUGAGGUCGAGUAAGAAGGGGUUUUAUGAGAGCCCUUACAGUGAAUUUCAAGCAUGAGUUUCCCAAGGGUGAAGACAGAAUGAUUCAGGGCCACAGCCUAAAAGCUCAGAGUUCUUCCACCCAGUCAGAGGAAUCUCCAGGAAAAGCAGUCCUCACAUCAUCACUUAUAGAAGUUUAGAUAGAAACCUCUUUUUCUAGACAAAUCUGUACCAACUUAUUACUGACAGUAUCCUUGUUGGAUACUAGAGCUUGACUUUUUCUCCUGAUUUACGAUAUUCAGAUGGUUUUUUGGGGGAAAUGACAAGCAGAAUCACUUAGAGAAGGAAAGAAAAUUAUUUUACUGUUAAAGUAAUAGAAAUAUAUUCAGUAAAGGUAGUAUCUCCUUCAUCCUGGGAACAUAACACUUUUACAUAACAGGUACUAAUAACUGGAGAUAGAUGCACGUAUAAUCCAAAAUGACCUAAAAUGCCUCACAAGAAUCUAAUUGUUCCUUUUGAAUGAUUUCUCUAGUACAUACUUGAUUUCAAUUGUUUUAGUUUCUCUUUUGUGUUGUUUUUGUUUCCCCCAGGAAAACAUAUUUCAAAGUGUAUGAGAGGGAGAAAAAAAAAAGUUUAUUUGUUCCAAAGAAUAACUUACUCGACUCAAUAGAGUGAAAUUUUAAAAUGCCAAUUAAAGCCUUCAAAGUGCAUUGGGAUUACAGAGUAUUGCAGGCUAGUUGUAUUAAUGCAAAUAUGCAGAACCAAUUAAAUAAAGUUGAAGAAAAUAGUCAAAUUACACAGACUGUAUUUUUUUUAAAUCAUCAAAUCUUGUAGCUUAGACCUAUCUUGGGGAAUCUUAUUUCCAAGUAAGGAAAACUAUAUAACUAAUUGGUUGUUCAGGGCAGUAGUUCUUAGAUAGGUAAGAAAAGAUGUCUUCUAAACCAAGGUAGACCCAAAACCACAAAGCAACCUGAACCACAAAGUUGUUAAUCAACUGAAUAACAGUUGAUUUUCCAAAUUACUAGUGUCACAGUUGAGGAGCAGAGUUCUUUCUUGGGUAAUAUUCUUGACAUGGAAUAAAAAAUCAAUGCAAAACUCAAAUAAGAUUAAAAUGUAUAAAGUAAAAAUUUGAGUUUGUUUUCUUAGUAGGUCAGGAAGAAUGAAUAUUUGUAGUUGGAGAAGAGAAAUAGUGUUAUUUUAAGUGUAUAAUGUAAUGUAUAUGAUAUACCUUGUAAAUCAGGACUUGGCAUGAAGAUCAUGUGUAUUUCCAAUGCCUAGGACAAACCAGCAGGACUGUGAGGUUCUGCUUGUAGAUGAAGUUGGAAGUGUUAUCAACAUGCUUUUUGAAGUGUCAAAAAUUAAAAAAAAAAAAAAAAGGAAAUUGGUUAAGCCUGACAGGGAAGGAUGUAAAUACAUGUUUUUCUAGAGCUAUCUAAACUUUAUUUCAAAACUUGAAUUAUUCAUCCAUCUAUAAAUGUUGAUUAGUUAACUAGUAUAUGUAGUUCAUAAGGUAAUAGAAAAGGUGACCAUGAAAGCUUGUAUAUAUCUGGGCAGAACCAUGAAAAUGCUGUAAGAUGUAGAUUUAGUUAGGUUAACAGAUGUUAAAUGAUUUUAAUACCAUGAAAUAAAUCAAACUAGGAAACUAAUCACAAAAAUAAUGUAGCAAAAUAAAAUGCAGGCUAUGAAGACGUAGGAUGGAUUUUGUGUAGUAAAAAAAUGUUUGUCACUUAAAUUUAUUAUUUGUUAGGUUUAGCUGAAAGUAGGCAUAUAAAAAGUCAGUUUCACUAAUGAAAACUUGCUUUAAAGCAUUACAAUUCUUUUCCCAUUCUCUUAUUCCUUGACUGCUUGUAAAAUGGUUUCCAUGUAAAGAGAAAAUUUUCAGAUAUGUUUUGCAAAACACCACCGUGUAGAGUUUAACAGGCAAAUAUGAUACAAAUGACUUUAAGUAAGAAGUUUCAAAAUGAAGUGAAGGAAAUGAAAAUGUUCUAUUACCUUAUGCAGAGACAAAAGAAUGAGUAGCACCAUAUAGCAAACAAACAAAAUGCAUUUAAUUUUGUGACAUAUCCUUUCUUUUUUCCAUGAUACUGUCCAUUUCCAAAAUGAACCCAAGGAAUUUAUUAACAGUAUUCUGAGAAAUAAAUACUAAAACAAGCUGCUGUAUUUCCAUUAUUUUGGACUCUAGUUAAUAACCAGAUAAUUUUUAAUAGGACUGAUGAGAAUUUCAGGUGGAUAAGCUUCUAGUUGCUGAAAAGCCAGAAAAGUAAAUCUGCUCUUUAUGCUGAAGGCAGAGAAUUCUGCUUGGCCUCUCAGUAUAUAUGGCCUUUAAAGGACAGUCUUGUACCCAUGCAGACACCUAAAGGCAGACUCAUAUCUCCUGCCAUUUGCUUAAGAAGGAAUAAUAUUACAGAGAUAUAGACUGGACAUCAUUUUAAAGUAACAGCAUCAAUGGAGACCUUGCUGUUGUUUAUACCUCUGGGUAGAAGUAAUACAAUCUUUUCUAAUCCCAGAGAAACUUUGCAAGAGUUGUUCUUUCCACAAUUGCAAACAUGAAGCUGUUGUGGGCAACAUGUUGGGUGAGGAGCCCUUGUGUUUUUAUAUGGAAACGAUUUUUCACACUAUGGGCUGCUUUGUUCUUUUCAUUAAAAAAGAAGUCUCUGUAAAAAAUAAAAGACUAAAAAUUUAAACCCUUGAUUCAAGUCCCCUGAUUUUAUAGUUGCAAAAAUAUAAGACUUGUCACUUUUGCAGACCCCUGCCUCACCGCUUCAGAGUCAGGUGAUCUUUAGGGCCCAGAAAUGCUUCUCUAGUUAUGAGCUGAAAAGACUCUAAGCCCUAAUUUCAUGGAGGUAUUCACAUGCUUGCUCUGGAAAAUACUCUUUGAUAGUCAGCUCUACAAGUAAGUGAUUAUCUUGUUAGGAAUCACAGAAAAAUUCAUUUUUCUCUGGACAUUAUAGGAAAAUCCUGGCCUUACUUCUUUUCCUCUUGGCAUGAUUACUCUGUUUUCCUCACUUACUGCCACCUCAGUUCAAAGUGGCCCUCGUGAUGCUGUGCCUAUCUCAAGCCAUAGUAGAACUGUGAGGUCCCACAUGUUGCUUUGUGAAAUACUGAUUUAGCCUCUGCCCACAAACGUCUGACUUUUCCAUAAAAAGUACUAACAAUCUGGACAUUGUUUAAAUUAUUUCUUAAAUAAAUGACUGCACAGAGUAUGCUUUAUGAAAUUAAAAUUAUGCUUUUCCAUGAAGAUUGAGUCUCUUACUUUGUCCUUUGUCAGAAUUUGAGACGAGUCAGCCUGUGAUGAAUCUUGAAACACAUAUGUGCACAUACACUUGGUAGGUUUUAGACUUAAUCAUUUCAUAAAAACUUUACAUUCUAAUAAGCUAUUGUGCCAGCAAAUUAACUUAUUGACUUUAUUUAUCUUACUUUGCUCCUGAUUGCAAAUAUUUUACAGCUGCUGUAUGUUUGUUUGUUUGUUUUUCUCAUAACAAAGAGUCUUACAAUGGUAAAGGCUGUUCAGCUCCGAGAACCACCUGUAACUCUUUACUGGAUCGUUCAUCCAUCUGACAAAUAUAUAAUGAAUGCAGUUUCACGGAAAUGAAAAUCCACGCUGUCUAAUAAAUCGCCAUUUUUUCCUCUACUUUUGCUCUUUCAGGAUGUUUUUCUUUCAAUGCUCUAAGAAUUUUACAUGUAUCACCACGACACGUGGUUAUAUUUGCUCAAAUAUACAAAUACAAGAAAACAAAAUUUCAUACCUGUAGGCAAUAGCCUAACUUGUUCAAACCACUUUGCCUUUACUGCUAUUUUUAUCCCUGAUGUGUAGCUGUUUUUUCCCCAGGCCUGUAGCUGUUUUGAAGGAAAGCAAAUCAUACCUCCUAAGUAAUGACAUCACCUGAUUCUUCAGUAUCAUUUCCAGAUUUUUCAGUUAAUUAGGGGGGUGGAUGGGGGUUGUACAUUUUCCCUAAUGUGAGAGUCAUUUUCCUGUAUAUUUCUGGAUCUCUCAGGGGCUGGGUGGGGGGAGCGAGGGGGUUACACCAUAGCACUCCAAGAAUCCUUUGGGAUUACUUCAGUAAUCAACUGCGGAAGUUAUUUUCUAAGUGUAGAUAUGUAAGCUGUUCUUUUAAAGUAAGGUACUUUGGAAUAUGUAGCAUAAAUUGGUACUGCUGUUAAAUGGGUCGAUUAUUAAACUGAGCAGCUGUGCGAGGGCAGCUAACUUUGAAUGCACAUCUCACUGGCUGGUGUGCCUACAUCUCUUGUUGUGAGCACCAGGAACUUGAGUUCCUGCAGGUCAAAACUGCAUUUUCACACGACCUGACUACUUGUUCAUCUUUCUUGAGCACCAUUACAGUAAGGUCAAAUGAAAAUGAAAUUGAUCUGCUAGAUAAUUCAGAGCACAAAAAUAAAUAAAUAAUAAUAAGUUACAUGAAAUCCUCUCUCAAGCAUUUAUCUCAUACAUGCAUCAAAGUAGUUGACUAAGAUCAGUUCAGGUGAUAAAGGGAGACACUUUACCAAAAAGGCAGAGGCUUAAGGUAUUAUAUACAUUUGUAUUCAUUUCCUUAUGUUCUUAACUUGUAAACAGAAAACAAGCCCUCUCUCUUCUGAAGUAUCUUCAAAGGACAGGGGUGCAAGAAUACCUAGCUGGUAAGCCAUUGAUGUUUCAUUUAAAUCCCAGUGUUCAAAGUUAGCUGCCUUUUUGAAAUAAACAAACAAAAAAUACUACUGUAUGUUUGAAAAUGUGAAUAGUAUUUUUAUAGCUUGUUAAAGACAUGGCUAGUUGCAUUUGUAAAUAGGGAUACUGUUGCUUUGAUUUUCCUCUGUGGACAUCUUUAUUUGGAACAUAAUUGUCUUUAGGGUUGAUUUGUAUAUAAGUAAUUGGCUUGUGAUUGUUUCUUUUGGGUUGGAAGUUAUCAUUCUGACAUUACUUGUGAUUCUGUGUUCAGCACUAUGGUGACGUGUUCAACCUCUGCACUCGCUUACACAAUAGGAUAUGCCAAUUGUGUGUGGUGUAAUGUUAUUUUGAUUUUUUUUUUCUAUUUCAUCUAUGAAGGAUUAUGCACUUAACACAUACUAACUUUUUUAAUGUUAGGUAUAUUUUUAGUAUAAUUUCCCUUGUUCUUUCCUCCCCUCCAACCCUUCACCCCACCCUCCUCCCCUUCUCCUUUUCUGUUGUUAUUUGAGAAUGAGGGACAAACAGUAUUUUAAAUUUCUGUAAUUAGGCUUUUCUGUUAGUUCUCAAGGAUCCUCUCUUGGCUCUUGGGAAAGAAUUGUACCUGUACAGGCAAUUAUAGAAUGCGACCUGCUUUGCCUCAUUCCAUACUGAUCAUCCCAGCUGAACAAUUUGAAAACUGUUCUGCCUUUUUGUUACAUGAAUCUGUCAGAAAUAUAUUUUUAAUUUAAUAUAAAUGAAAUUCAAUAAAAUAUGAAACAAA